ACCACGAAUAGUCAGUUGUUUAUUUGUAUGUAUAUUUUGAACGCUCAUAGAAGUUUCAAUGGUUAAAUGAAGAUAUGAAGCUGAUAUUUCUGGUUUGUAUCCUGCUACUUCUAUUGGAGAAUAUAGACUGCAGUGGAAAAGGGGAGAUAAAACUUUACAAGUAUAAAGACUCUACAAACUGCGGAGACGUGUGUGACUUUUACUUUAAGAACUUUGUGAUCCAGGAAGAAGAAGGUAACGAAUUUCUCAACGUAAUAGAAACAGAUGACACCGGUAACACUGAUACUGUCUAUUUCUCUAACCUGGAGCAGCUCAAGGAUGCUAUUCCAGUAAAGAUCAACGCUGGUAGGAGUAUAAAAAUAUCAUUUGAAGUAUGGGAUGAAGACACGGGUAAUGAUGAUUAUGAAAGAACAAUGUCGGGUCUGGUGGUACCAUUUUCAGGCAUUAGAUCAGGUGGACCCUGGUGGUGGAAAUCCUUUGUAAGUGACAAUAACGCUGAGGGUGACGAAAAACAAGCAACUCUUAAGAUAAAAUAUAAGUUAUUGAGCUGCGAUAGCCACUUCACUGGAUUAGGCUGUAACUCCUGCGUAGCUAACUACUACGGAACAGAGUGUGGUAAAUACUGUAAACCUGUGUCAGGUCACUACACGUGUCAUCCUACGACAGGAAGCAAGGUUUGUGCAGGAAAUAGAGCGGGAAUUGAAUGCGAUGACUGUGUAGACCAUUUCGAGGGAAACAAUUGUGAGAGAUGUGUUCAGAAUUACUACCCGGCAGAAUCAUGUAACAUCCUCUGCAUCCCAAACCCUGAAAGAUACAUUUGUACCUAUGAAGGGGAUAAACAGUGUCUGCAAUACAGGACUGGAUCUGACUGCGAGGACUGUGUCGCAAACCACUAUGGAGAAGAUUGUUCCAAGACCUGCCAUGAGACGUCUAGCUACACUUGUGAUGAAUCAGGAGAGAAAGACUGUAAGGAACACUUCUAUCCACCACAAAUAUGUGACACACGCUGUGUACCAGUGACAGGUAACUACACAUGUAAUAAUACUACAGGAGAGAAGAUCUGUCUGGAGGGAAAGGAAGGAGAAGGCUGUGAUGAGUGUCAAAACAGAAACAAAGUAGGAUUUAACUGUGAAAAGUGCAUCGACAACUAUUUUGGAGAGACUUGCUCAAAAUUCUGCCAGGAAACUACUAAUAAUAGAACUAGCUAUACAUGUGAUGGAUCAGGAGAUAAAGACUGUAAAGAACAUUACUACCCUCAACAGAUAUGUAACACACACUGUAAACCGGUUACAGGUAACUAUACGUGUAACCAGACAACAGGAGAGAGGAUCUGUGUGGAGGGCAAGAAGGGACAAGACUGUGAUGAGUGCCAGAAUAUCAACAAAGAAGGAAGAAAUUGUGAUAAGUGCAUCGAAAACCAUUUUGGAGAAGAUUGCUCUGUGCACUGUAAUGAAUCACAGGGAAACUACACCUGUGACCAGAAUACUGGAGAGAAGAAAUGUGAGGCGGACUAUUACCCUGCUCAGGAAUGCAAUAUCUACUGUCAAGAAGUACAGGGAAACUACACUUGUGAUCCGGACAAUGGAGAGAAGGUCUGCAAAUUGGGGAAGAAUGGAUGAUGAGUGUGAAAAC